AUGUAAGAGUGGGGAGACCCUUCAAUUGCAUAGCCCCGGUUCGUACAUGUCUCUUUCCUCUCUUUGGGGCGCUGCAGCCAAAGGAAGACGAGGCAGGACUACGUAUAUUUAUUGCACCAGUUACCGGUCUUCUUACCAGGAAGACACACAUUUGUUAAUACUACUUGGUUGUAUGAGCGGGGCAUUUUUUCUCUCUCUGGCCCCUUGCAACCGCUGAAAAACCACCGAACAGACUUCUGAUUCAUCUACCACGAGUCCUACAAGACUUUUUUUUUAAUAAUUGGUGGGAUUUUUGUUUUGCGGGAGGUAGGAUUUCUCCCCCUGCCCCCUCCGUUCUUUUGCUUUGCCCUUCAGAGAAACAGAGUCUGAGCAGUGGGCGUGCUGCUUUUGCUGAAGCACCUCGAGCACAGAAAGAGUGAAAAAAAGCACUUGUGAACUCCGGGGUGGGGGAAGAGGUAGAAGAAAAAAAAGAAGGCGAACUCGGAUUGGCGGUUGGCUAAAAAAAAAAGAGAGAGAGAGAGACGGGAAACUCUUUCCACUUUGAGCCGGGCUCCAGCAGUUAGAUUCCCAGUGCAAAGUUGGGAGAGAGGCGUGCAAGAGAGCGCCGGAGAGACAAAAACGGUGCGUGGAGCUACAACUACUACUUCCCAGAGGGGGAUCGUGCCUUAGUGGCGAGGAGGACCGGAGCGUUUGCGACAGGCGGCCGACCGGCUGGGAAAAGUUGCGUGCCUUGUCUCAAGCUGGUGCCAAACUGAGCCCCGCCGAUCUCCCCACAGCCGCCGCCGCCGCGUGCGAGCCCCCGAGAUGGUGCAGCAGACGAACAACGCGGAGAACACGGAAGCACUCCUGGCCGGCGAGAGCUCGGACUCGGGCGCCGGCAUCGAGCUGGGCAUCGCCUCCUCUCCCACGCCGGGCUCCACCGCUUCGACCGGGGGCAAAGCCGACGACCCGAGCUGGUGCAAGACGCCCAGCGGGCACAUCAAGCGCCCCAUGAACGCCUUCAUGGUGUGGUCGCAGAUCGAGCGGCGGAAGAUCAUGGAGCAGUCGCCGGACAUGCACAACGCCGAGAUCUCCAAGCGCCUGGGCAAGCGCUGGAAGCUGCUCAAGGACAGCGACAAGAUCCCGUUCAUCCGGGAGGCGGAGCGGCUGCGCCUCAAGCACAUGGCCGACUACCCUGACUACAAGUACCGGCCCAGGAAGAAGGUAAAAUCCGGCACUAGCGCGGGCAAGCCGGGCGAGAAGAGCGGCGGGGGCGGCAGUAGCGGCAGCCACGCAACCGCCGCGGCGGGGGCAGCCGCCAACUCUUCCAAACUCCCCCCGAAGAAGGGCAGCGCCGCCAAACUCUCCCCCAGCGGCGCCGGCAAGCCGCAUCCCAAGCUGAGCCUGAGUGGUGGCGGUAGCAGCAGCAGCAGCAGCAAAGGCUCGCCUCCGUUCCCGUCGUCAGAGCCGCCGGCCGCCCUCCUGCCCCCGGAACACCACUCGCUGUACAAAUCCCGCGCCGCCUCGCCGGGCUCCUCCUCGCCCUCGAGCGGCGGCAAACACCUCCCCGAGAAGAAGGCCAAGCGGCUCUACCUCUUCUCGCACGCCUCGCCCGGCGGCGCCGUCCCCGCCAGCCCCACGCUCAGCACCUCCACCGAAGCCAGCGACCCGCUCAGCCUCUACGACGAGGCGGGAGCCGCCGGCCGCCACCCGCACCCCCACGACGGCGUCGGAGGCGCCGAGCCCGCCGGCUCUCCCCCGGGCGGCUGCUCGCCGUCGGACCACCGCAGCUACACCAGCCUGAGGGCGCCCUCGCCGGCGCCGUCCACCUCGCACUCCUCCUCCUCCUCGUCGUCCGGCUCCUCCUGCGCUUCCUCCUCCUCGGACGACGAGUUCGAAGACGACCUGUUGGACCUCAACCCCAGCCCGGGCUUCGACAGCAUGGCCCUGGGCAGCCUCGGCUCCUCGGUCCUCGACAGGGACCUGGAUUUUAACCUGGAGCCCGGCUCGGGCUCCCACUUUGAGUUCCCGGACUAUUGCACGCCCGAGGUAAGUGAGAUGAUCUCGGGGGACUGGCUCGAGUCCAGCAUUUCCAACCUGGUCUUCACGUACUGAGGGGAGGAAAGGGGGGACAAGGAGAAGAAGAUUUCAUUUUUGACGGGGGGGGGCGGCGGUGAGAGAAGACACCCCUCCGCCCCCGCUACAGACUGAGGAGCGAAGAUUUCGCCCGCGGUUGCUCCGCUCUCUCGGUUCCGCCAUGAAACUGACUUCGGGGAAGGGGGUGUGUUCGUUUGUUUUGGUUUCUCUAAAACAUUUCAGGCGGCAAAAAGGGAUCGACCCCCUUUUUUAAAAAAAAGAAUAGCAACCCCCAAAGUGUAUCUCUCUUUGAAGAAGCAGAUCCCCACCCACCCCUGUUUGCUCCCCCCACGCUUCACCCUCCCAGCGGCUGCAGAAAAUGAGUUCAACGUUUCAGAGACGAUCCCACGCACCCCUCGGAAGGCUCUCUGCUUCUUGUCCAGUGAUAUUGGAAGGGGGGGGGGGAUUGUGCUGUGAGUUUUGGUGUCUG